AUGAAUACCACAGCCGGAGGAUCCAUCCCACAGGACACAGCAUCCCCGUCCCUGCCGGUUUCCGCCUUCGCGGCGGCAGGUCUUGGGGCUGCUUUCCACCUCGCGUCGCAGAAUUUCGAGCUCGACAAACAUGCAUGGCGCCUUAUUGGAGGCUUCUACCUUUACGUUUUUUCUGCCAUCGUUGCUGCCACCUAUUAUCUUGGUAAUGGAGUCUUGUCGGCCACUCUUCAAGUCGUCCCUCUAGCGGUGGCCACCCUCGUUGGCCUUUACAGCAGUAUCGCCAUCAGGAGGCUCUUUCUUUCCCCCCUCCGGAAGUUUCCUGGUCCCUGGCAGGCACGUCUCUCCAAGUUCUACCACUGGUAUCUGGAGUCAAAGAACCUGCAGCUGUUUGAAGAGGUCCGGAAAAUGCACGAGAAGUAUGGCGAUUUUGUCCGCACUGGACCUCGUGAGAUUUCCAUUCUACGGCCGUCCGCCAUACCGUUGAUCUACGGCGGCAAGUCGCCCUGCCAAAAGGGGCCCUGGUACGAUCAGACCAAGUUCGGUGAUGACGGCAACAGCCUGUUCAACAUAAUCAAUAUCAAAAAGCACAACCAUCGGCGUAGGAUCUACGACAGAGGUUUCAGCACCAAAGCGCUCAACAGUUACGAGCCACGCGUCCAGGAUAAAGUCUCUACCUUACUCGAGAGGCUCGGUAGCUUUGAGCAGAAACCUGUUAACGUGACUGCGUGGAUGGGUUACUUUUCGUUCGAUGUCAUGGGCGAUGUGAUCUACUCGAAGGAGUACAACAUGAUGCGCGAUGGUAACGGCAAGAUCGCAGCCGGCGGUGUCGAAACGACGCUUUCGAAGCUGCACGACGGGAUGAAGAUGCUCGGACUGGUCGGCACGACUCCCUGGAUUUUGCGCAUGGUGAGCCAGAUGGGUGACUUUGGAGAUUUCGCUAUCAUGCAGCAAUGGUGUCGCGGCGCGAUGAAGGAAAAGCUGGCUGCCUGGGAACCCGGCACCACCCCUACCGACACGGCCUCCUACCUCAUCAAGGACUUCAUCGACGACCACGCCACGACGCAGCAAACCCAACAAUCCAUCCUGCAAGACAGCGCGCUCCUCAUCAUCGCCGGCUCCGACACCACCACCUCCGCCGCCGUCAACGCACUCUACUACCUCACGAAAUACCCGGCCGUCUACGCGCGCCUGCAGUCCAUCCUCGACGCGACCUUCGCCUCGGCCGCCGACGUCACGCACGACAAGGCGCGCGAGAUCCGCCUGCUCGACGACAUCGCCAACGAGACGAUGCGCCUCAAGCCGCCGGCCUGCGAGGGCCUGGUGCGCGAGACGCCCGCCGAGGGCCUGACCGUCGACGGCGUGUUUAUUCCUGGCAAGACGAUUGUUAGUGUGCCGACGUGGACGAUUCAGCGCGACGCCCGCUACUGGGAGGACCCCGAGGAGUGGAGGCCUGAGAGGUGGGAGGGCGUGAAUCCGAAUGAGGAGGGGUUGGCGUUCUUGCCGUUUAGUAAGGGUAUCUUCUCUUGCCCUGGUAAGAUGCUGGCGUACAUGGAACUCCGCCUUCUGAUUAGCCGCAUCGCUUUGACCUUCGACAUUGAGCUUGCGCCGGGCGAAGACGGUGUCGAGUUCGAUACGCACCCGCUGGAUACAUUUACGAUGCUGAACCAGCCGCUGCAGAUGGUGUUUAAGCCCAGGAAGCAGCGUGCAUGA